AGGUCACAUUCCGGGGAUUUAGCCUUACUAACUCAGCAGUCUGACGUUGACCUUCUUGACCCCUACAUUUAUCUGUCAUGGAUUGGCCUGUACAAGGCUGCAGACGGUGACUGGAAAUGGUCUGAUGGAAAAAGUUAUGAGAACGCGUGUUAUAAAUGGCUACUUGGUUGCAAGGAUAAUAAUGGAGACUGUGCAGCCGCAAACUCCACAGAGGGCAGUAAACAUCAGUCCCAAGACUGUGAUAACAAAUUGUUCUUCUACUGCUCUAACGUGGACUCUACCGUCACAUUCGUACCGAUGGCCACAACGUGGGAGAACGCCCGGAAUUACUGCCAACAACGUCACAAAGAUCUUGUUACCCUGGAGAGUGGGACAACUGCCAACGAUCUUUCUGAUGAUCUAUUCUAUAUCUGGACAGGACUACACAGAGCUCAACCUGGUGCAGACUGGGAAUGGAGCAUUGGCCGUGCAGAUUAUGAGAACUGGGAAGAAGGGAAUGGGCCAGCAGAGGGGGACUGUGUUGGUCUCUCCAAUACAGAGAAUAGUAUGACUAACUUAGACUGCAAUUCAACAUGGCCCUUUUACUGCUACUUCGACAACCUGGUUUUGGUGAAGGAGAACAAGACCUGGGAGGAGGCACUUGAGCACUGCAGGGCCAUGGACUUGGUAGACCCCCAACGCAAUGAUCUGAUCAGCUUCAGUGGUCCAUUGGAUCAUCACACCGUGUGGUUCCGAAUCAACAAAGCCACAACAAACGAGGUUUGGACCGGUCUUCGCUACCUUGCUCACAAAUGGUUUUGGGUUGAUGGGACUGAUGUGCCAUACCUGAACUUGCCGACCUGUCCUGAUCUAGGGAAACAUUGUGGAACUGUUGAUAGGGACAACAGCACCAUACCCUGGAAUAUCAGAGACUGCAACGAAAAAAGAAACUUCCUCUGCUACAAGAAAUAUUGAUUAUAUAAAUAUUGAGUAUAUAAUAUAUGUAUAAUAAUGUGUCAAGUGUUGUAUGCAAACAAAGCUAUUAUGUAACUGAUACAACACUGAAAGCUUCACAGAAGGUUUCUGACAUUUCAUUCAGACGGUUGCGACAAAGGGAUUUAACUUUUAAUGCACACAUUGUUGUGGUUUUAUGUGGAGGGGAAUACACUGUUGCCAGUUUACACCCUUUUGCUCACUACACAACACACUGGCUAGAUCAUGGCGGAGAUGUGAGGAAUACAACCUGGACAUGCAAAGUUUAUAUGUAGCUGAACAGAAACACUUUAGUGUCGUACUAUCCCACCUCACAUGACUCCUUCAACAUCCGUGGAGAUGCUUGCUACUUUGCAAUUGUUUUUACAUGUCUAAAAGAUUAUGUAUAAAACUGCAGUCCUUUUUUCAGGAUCCUGGAUUCUUCAUGGAUCCUAUGAAGGGACUUGGUAUAUAAAACGUCCUUUUUCCAAAUAACUGAUCACUGGUUUUAUUUCCCAUGAACCUUGUUUGAAGUGGAAAGCCGGAACGAUAAUAAAAUAUAUAUUUUUAAUAAUACAAUUAUGGUGUUGGCCUGAAAAUCCAUGCUCACUGAUUUGUAAACCGUGCUCUCAGACAAAUCUGUGUUUUUGAAAUCUGUUCUCCGGGAUUUGGUUUGUUCCACACAGGGAUUCCCCAUGAAGCAUUGUGAAGUUGAACGCAAAUCUCACCGACAUUAAUUCUUGUGUGCUAUAGUCUAAAAGGGUGAUGCAUGAUGUAAACAGGCCUAUUCAACUAGCGGCCUGUGGGCCAAAUGCGGCCCCUCUUAAUUUUUUUCUGGCCCGCAAGAGG